CGGCGGAAGUCUCGCUUAGAGCCGCCGCCGCCGCUGUUGCCGCUGGCGGAGGGAGCGAGCGAGCGCCCGGCUGUCUGCUUGGAAAAGAGGGGGAGUAAGCCGCUUUCUUCUCCCCAGAAGAAGCGGGGGUACUGCGCUAUCCGGGAACGCGGCAGCAAUUGCCGCCUGAGCAUGGCAGAAGGAGCCCGUUCCCUGCUGGGAGGCAGCCGCGGCUCCAGCCCCGCGUCCAGCCCGCUGAUGGCCAGAGGCGGCAAGAGCCGCUCGCUGCCCACGCCGUCGUCGUCCUCUUCGACUUCGCUGCAGCAACACCACCAACACCAGACGCCGCCUGCCUCCCCCAAGCAGCAGCCGCCCCCUCCGACGGUUCGAGGCAACCAGCCCGGCCACGGCUUCAAGAGGGUCACCCUCACCAAGCCCACCUUCUGUCAUUAUUGCACCGACUUCAUCUGGGGGCUGGCGGGCUACCUCUGCGAAGUUUGCAAUUUUAUGUCUCAUGAGAAGUGCCUGAAGUAUGUGAAGAUACCUUGCUCAUCUGUCGCUCCAAGUCUCGUAAGGGUUCCAGUUGCACAUUGUUUAGGACCCAUAGGACAUUACAAGAGAAAAUUCUGUUCUGUGUGCAGAAAACAGUUGGAAAGUCCAGCAUUUCGCUGUGAAGUGUGUGAGAUACAUGUACACACAGACUGUGCCCCCUUUGCUUGCAGUGAUUGCCGUGAGUGCCAUCAAGAUGGUCAUCAAAAUCAUGAUAUGUACCAUCAUCAUUGGAGGGAGGGAAACCUUCCACCAGGCUCACGUUGCAAAGUUUGUAAAAAAACCUGUGGCUCUUCUGACGUGCUCUCGGGCAUGAGAUGUGAAUGGUGUGGCAUCCCG